AUGACAGACUCCAAUGCUACAAUACCAAAAUCCCCUCCUCCUGGUCUCUUUUUUGCUGGGUCAGACGAUGAAGAUGAAGUAGACGAUGAGAAUAUCCCUUUGAAUGUGGAGACUCGGAGUCCUAGUAUUCCCACCGCUCCUCAGACUCCUUCAACGUCGCGAUCUUCUCCCUUCAACGAGCCAUUAUUCCUGGAUGACGAUGACGAUGAUGACAAAAACAUGAAUAUAUACGAAGAAGAAGAUAAUGUAGUUCCGCAAAAACGCCAGAUUUUCGACAAUGAUUCCGACAUCGAAAUAAUUGAGGAUCCGGGUUUGUCUCGAAAGAAACAAAAGAAAAUCGAUCCCGAAGAGGUCACUUCCUCAUCUAAAGAGAAGAAGGACAUAUCUUCCGCGAAGGAGUGCUCUAUUUCUUUUGUCUCCGAUACACCAACAUCCCAGGUCAUCGAUGCCUUUAUGCCCACUUACAUAGGCGAGCUCGUUGUUCCGAACGCUUGGAGUACUGUUUCUGGUAGGGGUUAUGUGAAAAUCAAUGACUCUAUCCACGUCAAAAGAGAACAGCAGAAUUAUGCGAGCUCAGAUAAAGCUGAGGCCUCAACGUCCUCAAGUAGCAAAAAGAAAACCGACGGGAAACGACAAAUUACCCUUUCCAAUAUGCUUAAACCUCAACCUGUAAAAUUCAACAACUCGAAGAAGAAAAAAAGCGAUACAAUCGUGCGUUUAGUCAAUAAUAAGGGCUUUGAGUUUGGCAGACUGGCGACGGACACUUCGUGGUGGAUCGCGAAACUGCUGGAAAACAAUAUUGUUGAAAUUAGAGGUGUUAUGACUGACUGUCCUGAGAAACUGACAACAGGUGCCAGCCUCAUUGUAACUCUACACAUGUAUUUGAUUGCUUCUGCCUUCAAACCACUCAAGAGAACCUUUGGCAAUGAUGAUCCAGUGCAUCUAGGAUUCAAUGAAGGCCUUGAGACAGAGGAAGAGACAAUACUCCGUGAACGAAAACAAGCAGUCGUGAAAAUGUUUGAAGUACUUGGUCUUCGACCUCAAGCAGGCGCCAAUGUCCAAACAAAUGAGAUGUCACAUGAAGAAAAUCUUCAAAAACUGGCCAAGCGGCCUGUAAGGAAAGUCAAAGAAAUAGUGGGGGAUGAUGAGGAGAUUGAAGUAGAUGAUUCUGAAGAACUGACCAAAAAUGAAAUUGACGCUAUCUAUUCGAGGGCACAACAUAACGACCGGACAAUGGCUGAAAUGGAACCAUCGGAUUCAUUCAGCCUUACACUCCGUGGCUAUCAGAAACAGGCAUUGCGAUGGAUGCACUCUCUUGAAACAGGGACCAUGGAUGCACGUGAAGCCUCGUCAAUGCAUCCAUUGUGGAACCAAUAUGCCUUUCCAGGAGAGCCAAUUAUGGACGGCGAGACGAUAGAUCUUACCGCCGAAGAAAAGCCUUUUUAUUUCAAUCCAUAUUCAGGUGAAUUGAGAUUGGACUUCCCUAGGGCUGAAAGAAAUUGUCAAGGCGGCAUUUUGGCCGCCUUCCGUACAGUCAAUCAAAGGAAACAACAAACAUCUCAACCAGCGUCUGCCACAUUAGUAGUUGCCCCUACAUCACUACUCACUCAGUGGUCGGAAGAACUUCAACGAUCAUGUAAACCUGGUAGAAUGCAAGUCAUAGUCUGGCAUGGACAAAAUCGACAGGACCUCGAGGACCUUUUGGAAUGUGACGAAGACGAUCGCGGCAAUGUUAUCAAAGUAGUUGUGACUUCUUACGGAGUUCUUGCCUCUGAGCACGCAAAAAUGGAUCGCUCCAGUAAAGUCAAAUCGCCGAUCUUCGAAAUCUGUUGGCUGAGGAUAAUCCUCGAUGAGGCACAUGCAUGUAAAUCGAGGACAAGUAAAACAGCAAAAGCUGUUUAUGCACUUAAUGCUAAACGGAGAUGGGCCGUUACAGGGACACCCAUCGUAAACAAACUAGAAGAUCUUUUUUCGUUGCUGAAAUUCCUUGACUUUAAACCAUGGUCGGAGUUUUCAUUUUUCCGUUCAUUCAUUACAAUUCCCUUUCUGUCUCGCGACCCAAAGGCAAUCGAGGUUGUACAGGUCAUUCUCGAAAGUAUUCUUUUACGAAGAGAGAAGAAUAUGCGGGAUCAGGAUGGAAAGAUGAUUGUAGAGUUGCCACCUAAAGAGGUAAUUGUCGAAGAGCUCGAAUUUUCGCCGUUGGAAAGAAAGAUUUACGACUCCAUAUAUCUUUCUGCCAAGAAGGACUUUGAGCGCCUUGAUGCGAAAGGGUUGGUCAGCAAAAAUUACACUCACAUUUUGGCAAUGCUUAUGAGGUUGCGGAGAGCAGUGCUUCAUCCUAGCCUUGUCCUUGGCAAAGAAGAUGAAGAACACUCCACGUUUCCACAGGAUGGUGGCAAAAAGGUCACAAUCAACGAACUCAUUGAAAAGUUUGCGGAUGGCGAGCAAGCAGGAGAUGGCAAUUCGAGUGCAUUCGUUGAACAUUUCGUUACAAACCUUAGUGGCAACGAUCUUGCCGAAUGCCCUAUCUGCUUCAACGAGAUGGAAAUCCCGAUGGUCAUUCCGCGUUGUAUGCACCAGUUUUGCAAAGAUUGCAUUGUAUCGUACAUUGGUAUCUGUGAGGAGAAGCGGCAAGUCGCUAACUGCCCAACCUGCUCAGAAGGGCCCAUAAAGAGCACCGACUUGGUAGAGAUUGUGAAGAAAGGCAAGAACCAGGGGAUGUCAAGUUCACAGUCUUCUGAUACGCCGGUUAUGUUGAGAAAGAACGACUUUCAAACUUCAACAAAACUCGACGCUCUGGUCCGGAAUCUGAGGCAACUAAGGGAGCAAGACCCAUGCUUCAGAGCUGUAGUUUUCUCACAAUUUACAAGCUUCCUCGACCUUAUCCAGGUCGCAUUAGAAAGAGAAAGGUUUGAUCAGUACCGCUUUGAUGGAACGAUGGAUGUGAAGAAGAAGAGCGCCGCAGUCAAUGAGUUCAAAUCCUUCUCUCGCAAACCAAAAGUUUUGGUGGUUAGUCUCAAAGCUGGUGGCGUUGGGCUGAAUCUCACAAAUGCAAAUUAUGUGUUCAUGAUGGAUUGUUGGUGGAACUCCGCCACGGAAAAUCAAGCUAUCGACCGCGUGCACAGAAUAGGACAAAACAAAACAGUAUAUGUAAAACACUUUAUCGUGUCAAAAACUAUCGAGAACCGCAUCUUACAAAUCCAGAAACGUAAAACGGCGAUUGUUAACGAAGCAUUUCGAGGAAGUGGGAAAGCUGAUCCAGAAAGCAUCCAAAACCUCAAAAUUAUGUUUGGAGACAGUUGA